AUGCUUGAACAAAAGUCAUUUGAAUCCAAGAAUGUUGAUGUAGGACACAAAAACGUAGAAACUAACGGAAAUUCAGGGACUUCAUUCCUAUAUUCCAUGAAAUCUGAAGAACCUAGUAUCUCAACUGCGCCUAUUAUAUCACCAAGAAAACAGACCUUUGAGAUAGAAAAUAAAAUAAAUUCGACAAAUAAAGAAAAUCACACCUCCUCAUCUACUACCACUAACAUUAUGGAAAUUGGUUGGCUUUUCGUGCAUGAGUAUUAUGCUUUCCUGAACAAACAACCCAGUCAUCUUCACUGUUUUUAUGGUAAAAAUUCCUGUUUAAUUCAUGGUAUUGAAGGCGAAUCAGUGAAAACUUUGUUUGGUGAAAUGGAAAUUAAUGAAAAAAUUGAAUCAUUGAAAUAUAAAAAUUGUAAAGUUACCGUUACAAACGUGGAUUGUCAAGCAUCGAAAGAUAGUGGAAUAUUAAUUCAGGUGGUGGGUUUUAUGAGUAGCAAGGUCGAAAAUGACCAUGACAUUUGUUUGAAUGUUGAAAAUCCAACUUUACUAACAAAAGAAAACCUCAAAGAUUAUCCCUCCUCAACAUCUCCAGUUGAAACUUUAGUCGAGGAAGAUAUUAGCAAACCAGUUUUCUUGGAAUCUAUUGAUGGAUCUAUCUCUUCUACCGGUCAUGUAAAUACUUCUGACAUUAGCAACACAUCAAUCCCUCCCAUCACUACUGAUAAGGCUGAUUCCACAACUUUUAAUCUUAAUGUCGUACAAACUACUGCAAAAAAUGAUCUUGAUGAUGCUGUAAAAAAAUCAGAAACUGAUCAAUCAAUAAGAUCAUCUUCUGUCUCAGAACAACCACAACAAAAAUCAAUCGUUAAAUCAAUCACUCCUAAUUCAACUACGUCACCUGUUACCCAGAAAAGCACCUCAUCUGCUCAAACUAUUCCUAAUAAUACUGCAACCACUACCAAAAAUCAAAUUAUCAAAUCACCCAUUCCUAAACCUUCAACACUACCUGUUACAACAACACAACCAAUUAACAAUACUAGUCAGCCAGCUACCCAAAUAAAUAAUGAUCAAUCAUCUUUAGUAACUUCAGUUGUCAAUCAACAAGUUAACAACCUUCAAAAGAAUGCAACUUUGCAAUCUACAACUUUUAUAAAUGACAAAGCUUCCACCAAACCUCAAAAUUACUCAGAAGCUGCUGCCAAAACUCUCGCUAAAAAUGAUUUACCACCUCCAAUAAGCACUCAUCAAUCAUCAAAGAUAUCUCCACAAGUAACUAAGCAACAUCUCACUACCAACGCAAAUAAUUUUCAAAACAAUAAUAAUGUACAAGUGGGAAGGCCUGAUCAAAAACAUAUAGAGUCUGUUCAAAAAAAGAAUCCAACCGAUUCAACUUUAUCUAUUAAUCAAGUCACUGACAAAUCUGUUGAUAACAAAAAUAGCAGCGACUUUAACCAACCACAAAAUAACACUAAUCAAUUGAUUGGAAAUCCCAAAGAUACCGAUCAAAAACAAUUAAAUGAUAGUCAAGCUGGACCUAAAUUGCCAACUCCUCCAGUCAAAACAUGGGCGAGCUUAGCAGCAAAUGGAAUUGACAAGUGGAAGAAUGAUCUGUUAUAUGACAACACUAAGGGACCUUUAUCAACUACUACGAUAAAACUUCAAAAAAGACCAUCACAACAGCAACAAAAUCGUGAUAAUAAAGAAAACGGAGAUAAUCAUGAUCAUUCCCAAGAUGAGCAAAGGCUUGGUGUUCGACGUGUUAGCGAAACUGGGCUUUCAAUUUAUGUUAAGAAUGUUAAAAAUGGUAUGACUUAUCAUUUAUUGAAAAGUAAAUUUUCAAAAUUUGGUAAAGUUAAACAUCUUGAUGUUGUUCCCACAAGAAAUUGUGCAUUCGUAGAAUUUUUUACAUCAGAGGCAUACCAAAGUGCCCUCAAUGCAAAAACUCUUGUGGUGAAUACGGUCACUCUUUGUAUUGAGGAACGUCGACCACCCCAACAUUAUAAUAGUUAUAACGGAUAA